AUCGGGUAGACGAAUUCUAGCGUUCCCGCACACAGAGUAUAUCACAUUCAGGCAUUAUCGGUUCCGUUGCGGGCGCCUGUUUGUCUUGUCAGGUCCGGCACAGACUACAUCUUAUCGGGCUGUGACUCCCUGUGCUACAGCGUGCGUGUGUGUGUGUGUUGGAGCAUUGUGUUUGCGGUGGAAUCAAAGCGUGACGCGCCAACAAGACGCCAUCGGAUCAUCAAUCCACCUACAUAAAAGAACGCGUUAGAGCCUUCUUGCAAUCAGCCCCCCCCCCCCCUGUUGCACAUCAUCCGACCAAACAGCAAUGGAAGAUCUGGAGCGCCGGGAUGCCAUCCCUGUACUGUACACGCGCGGCACACACUACACGGUUGGGUUUGAUGUGGGUCGCACGUUUGCCAACAUCAUUCACAGCUUUCUCGAGAAGUCGGUAACUCUCAACGAAACGUACAUUCCCAUAUUCAACACCGAAAAAGGGCGUAAAAUCUACGUUGACACGUACGAAAACGUGAACAGAUCGUUUCCUCAGUAUAUCCGCGAGCUGCAGGGCGUCGCGGACGGUGCAAAGGUGGACUUUUACAAGCUAUUUUUACUGCACAUAGACGAUGUUAUCGUCGGUGGACAGGAUGGUAAUAAUCAACCGAUCGGUUGCUCCACUAUCUGUGUCAACGAACCGGACUGCGUUGUACUGGGACACACGGAAGAUGCACUGUCCGAGGUGCUGAAUCACUUCUACUUCGUGUCCGCCCACAUCAUCUCGGACACGCCGGAAGGCAAGCACAAGGUGGUGGAGGAACGGUUUACCUCGCUGUGCUAUGCCGGCCAUCUGCCCGGCUACACGAUGAACGCGAACCAUCAUGGGCUGGUCUUCUCGAUCAAUACGCUCAGCGCUAAAACGCUGGUUGGCGGUAAAACACCACGUCACUUUAUCACGCGUGCCUUGCUAGCGGCGGAGAACUUCGUACAGGCGCAGGAAAUUCUACGCGAUCAUGGUGUCGGGGCGGCGGACGGAUGCUCGAUCAACAUGACGUUCCUGAGGCAGGAGGGUGACAGGUUGUUUCACAACGCUGAAAUGGGUCCCGCCACGAACGGGACCGAGUCGCAGCUGAACAUUCUGACGGCGAGCCCCGGCGAACACAUCAUCCACGUGAACAGCUACCAGCGUCUGCAGGUACCGGAGGUAUCCGGGCUGAUCAUCGAGUCGAGCGUGGAGCGGAUGAAAACGUUCGCCAAGUACCAGCCGCCCAAAACGGUGGAUGACGUUAUACGGAUGCUGAGCGACACGACCGCCAAGGAGCACAAGGUGUUCCGGGACUACGGUAAAAACCAGAAGGUGAAGACGAUCUGCGUCGGCAUCAUCGACUGCAUCAAGCGCACCUGGACGCUGUAUGCGGAAAAUCCGGCCUAUGUGCCACCGCUGGUCGUGCUACCGUUGAUGCUGAAGGACUAGGUCACUUCGUCCACGCCUCUGUACACCCCUCUCCCGCACAUGCACAGCGCGCAUUUUGUCUGAUUUGGUGGCAUUAUUUAUAACCCUACGAAAGGAAGGGUACAAACGAACAAAUAAAUCAGUACUACUGCGUCGUUCCCGUUUUGGUGAGCCCGGAACUACCGCAGGUAACAUACAGCGCUGUGUGUGUACCAGUCGCAACUGUAAGAUGACCGAACCGGUACCUAAAAGCCUUUUAAUCGUCCACUGCAUCUCGAGAUCCCUUCGCGAACGUGCUGCUCUAGAUAGCACCUGUAUGGGAGGUUGAGGUUUAACCAUUUGUUAUGUGCCUUUUUUAAUUGCAAAAUCAUUAAAACAAAUAAACAAAUCAAACU